AUUAUUAUUGAUUACUUUCAAAACUAUUCAGUAACAUUCCGAGCUGUCUUCACAAACCUCGGCGCGAGUGGGAGACUUCACCCAACUUCUCUUGGUAGUUACUACAGGGGACAGGAUCAUGACGGUCAAGUUACGUUGCACAGCGGUAUUCAACGUUGGACCGUGCCGUACACAGGCGACUACAGAAUAGAGGCAAUAGGAGCUGCUGGGGGGUACGACACGAGAAGUAGCGGGGGAAUAUUUCGUGGAAGAGGUGCUAGAAUGGAGGGGACUUUUAACUUAUCUCAAGGCGAAACAAUUCAAAUACUCGUGGGUCAAGAGGGUGGAAUUAACAAUGUAACUUAUUCUGCUGGAGGCGGUGGAGGUACGUUUGUGGUGAAUGGAAGCAACACGCCAUUGAUAGUGGCUGGUGGAGGAGGAGGCGUGAAUUAUUCCAACACAAGAUAUACUGGAUGUGAUGCAACGACGGCGACAACAGGGAGAACUGGGCACCUGUCAUUGGCAGGAGGCAGUGGUGGUCAGGGAGCACAGGUUGGCCAGAGUACAAAUUUAGGUGAGAGAAUUAAAGUGUAUAAGAGUGAAGAUGGUACAGACCCCAGUAAUUAUCAGCCUAUAAAAACUCUCUCAGAGUUCAGUAAUUAAAGUAUUGAGCGGCUAGUCUACAAUCAGAUAUAUUCCUUGUUAGAAAAGCACUAAUCUUAUGACCAUCAGUUUCGAUUUUAUUUAUUUAUUUAUUUUGAAUAAUAUUUAUUCAGGGGUGCCCAGUUCAGUGAGGCUGGUUUGAAUGGGGCCCUGAUGAAAACUAAAAGAAAACACAAAAAACAAUCACAGAUAAAAAAAAAAUUGGAACAACUAAGUAUACCGAAAGUAUUGGAGGCUCAAUUUGGCUUGGAUCUUAAGUGCCAAACCCAAACUUAUUUAAAUCAUGCUCGCCCCUCAGGGCCAGAGGAAGCGUGUUCCAGAUCUUGGCUCCGCUGAACCUGAAGGAGCCCUGGUACUUAGUUGUCCAAGCUAGCCGCAGACGGAGCAAAUCUCUAUGGCGCGUGUUAUAUGAAUGGAAAUCACGCGCGUCGCUAAAUUCAUUAAGUAAAUAAGCUGGAACCAGGCCAUGAAGGUUCUCGAUUCAGGAGGAUACUCCACUAAAGAGGCUAUUCUUGAAAUAACUUACACUUUUGAAGUUAGCCCGAUAAAGGUCAAUCACACCUUGUUUACUUCUUGUCUUAUCAACGCCUUUUGACACAGUAAAUCACAUCUCACUCUCUACACUCUUUUCUAUAUUUUUAGAUGGUGUGAAAGUUAUUUAAGGCCGUGAACUUGAGUAAGCCAUUCAGCUCGCCGAAUUUUCUUCAACUGGACUUUUUUUAGUCCGUGAUAUUAACGUUUCGGAAAAAUUUCAUCCUGUUCUAGGCAUCGCAGCAAAAAAUAUUGCCAAUCAAUCAUUAACCCGCGAAACAGCCGUCUCUCCUCGCUCCUCGCGUCCCCAGCGGCAAGAAGUUCGCCACCCCUUUUUGAAUAUUUUUCUGGUAAAGGACACUUACAGUACGGUGAAUAGUGCUCUCCGUCUUUUAAACUACUGAGAAUCGGAAAGAAAAGGGAAUUUGUAAACCUUCUAUAUUUCUUUAUUUUAGGCGGUGGCGGCGGUGGGUUCUACACCAGUGGACGAAGUUCAACGCAGUUUGGAGGUUCCAUUGGGACUGGUGGAGAAGGAGGUGGAGGGUUUAUUCAGGGAGGAAUUGGUGGAAGAUCUUGGUUAAAAAAUGUUGUUGGGGGAUUUGGAGGAGGUGGUGGUGCUUAUGGAAGCGGAGGUGGUGGUGGUGGUGGCGGAGGCUACUCUGGGGGUGGUAGCGGGAAAGGUUUACAGGAAGCCUGUGGAGGAGGGGGAGGAUCCUACAACGCUGGAAAGAAUCAGCAAAAUGAAUGUUGCUACAAUGCAGCUGGACAUGGUCAGGUGACCAUAACACUAAUUUAA